AUGGCACAGCUGCCGAUCGACCUUGCAGAAACGCCAGCCGGUACAGAUGUACAUGGCAUGCGCCGCUGGGUCCAAGAAUUGUUUCUAAGCGAAGCUUAUGCCAAGGAAAAGGCUAGAUUCCACGUUCGAAGGCGACGUUCGGUGACUGAGAUCAGCAGAAGCAUUGUCUCCGUUCCACGCUUUGACGGCAGCAACGAGAGUUUCGAUUUGUGGAUCUACGAGCCUCAGAACAAAGAGGCCGAUCCCGAGGCCAAGAGCAGGCCAGAAAUAUUGAUGCUUCAUGGCGGAGGAUGGAUACAUGGUACUCCAAUAGGUGAUGAGCUCUUUGCGGAAAUAUUCGCGUCUGAACUCGGUGCGGUAGUCAUUGGUGUCGACUACAGACUUGCUCCAGAACACCCAUUUCCAGCACCCUUGGAAGAUUGUGUCCGUGCUUUGGAAUGGCUUUCCAAGAACGCAGAGGAAUACAAAGUUGACAUCACCCGCGUCGGUCUUUGGGGUGCUUCCGCAGGAGGAAAUCUUGCAGCGGCUUGUGCUCUCAAGUACGUUGCGGCUACACCUCCGACAGAACAAUGCACUAUACGGCUUGUCAGCCUAGUGGUUCCUGCGACUGCUCACCCGAAAGCAGAAGCCUUGUUCGACCAACAGCGAGUGAGCAAAAAGAGUUGCAACGAGGAACUCUUCGCAAAUGUGCCUCCGUUUCCAGAGAGCGUGUCAAGGGAAAUCGCAACCUUAUACGAGCUGUACCUUGGCGACAAAACUGAUCCAUGCAAUCCAUUUGCAUCUCCAUUAGCGUCAAAUCCAACGCCAGAGCAUCCCCCAACCCUAGUCACCAUUGCGGCCUGUGAUUUCUUGAGACCGCAGGGGCUGAAGUACGCACAACUUCUACGUUCAUCUGGUGUGCAGGUUGACGAAGACGUUCUCCGAGGAGUGCCCCAUGGCUUCACCUUUGCAUUGAACGCAGCCCUGGUCAAGAGCUGGUUUGAAAGGCAGAUCGACGCAUUCGCAUCAGUAUUUGAUGUUGGUGACGCCCCAUAAAUGG